AUGGUAAGCUCCUUGCAUAGCUUCAUCUUCAUUUUAGUAAAUAUAGAAAUCAUAAUCGGUAUUUUGGGGAAUGGAUUUAUAACACUGGUGAACUGUAUUGAUUGGCUCAAGAAACGAAAGAUCUCCUUGGCAGAUUGAAUCAUCACUGCUUUGGCAAUCUCCAGAAUUUGUCUGAUUUUCAUAACAAUGGUGAUGUGGUUUAUAAGGGAGUUUUAUCCAUCUUUAUAUGUGAAUAGAAAGAAAACUAUACUUAUUAGUAUUGCCUGGACCGUGGUCCAUCAUGUUAGCAUUUGGCUUGCCACAGGCCUCAGCCUCUUUUAUUUUCUUAAGAUAGCCAAUUUUUCAAAUCCUGUUUUUCUUUACCUAAAACAUAGAGUUGAAAUGGUAAUUCUGGUAUUGUUUCUGGGAACAUUAGUAUUCUUGCCUUUAAAUCUUGCUAUGGUAAUGGUACAUGUUAUUAUCCACAUACAUCCAUAUGAAAGAAAUAUGACGUUAAGUUCUAAAAGGAGUGACAUUGAAAACUGUUCAAACUUGAUUACAUUCAUUGUGGGAUCCUUCAUACCCUUUUCUAUAUCCCUGAAUUUUUUUCUCCUAUUAAUCUUCUCCCUAUGGAAACAUCUCAAGAAUGUGAAGCACAAUGCAAUGGGAUUCAAAGACUCCAGCGUCAAGGCCCAUAUAAGAGCCAUGAAAAAUGUGAUAUCUUUCCUCUUACUAUAUGCUAUUCAUUUCCUGUCUCUUCUUAUAACAAUUUUCCAUGCUGAGAUCAUGCAGAACAAACUAGCCAUUAUGCUAGGUCAGGCUUUUGCACAUGUUUAUCCUUCAGUCCACUCAGUUAUCCUGAUUCUGGGAAACGGUAAACUAAGAAAGGCUUCACUUUCUGUGCUGUGGCAGCUGAGGUGUGGUUGA